AUGUAUGACUGCUUUUCUGUUUCCAAAAUAGCUAAAGUGAGUCGAAAUUUGGCAUUGGACCUCCCUCCUACUCUCGAACAAAAGCUAAUUUCACUCAUACAAUCAUGUAAGACCCCGAAACAACUCCGACAAAUCCAAUCCCAGAUUAUAAUCAAUGCUAGUGAUUACCAAAACCACCUCAUAAGCUCCUAUUUCCUCUCAAAAUGUUCUGAACUGAAGCAAAUAAAUUACGCCCGACAAGUGUUCGACCAAUUGGCAGACCGAAGGUACACGUCGCUUUGGAAUGUAAUGUCAAAAGGAUAUCUCCAAAAUGAUCUGUUCAAUGAAGUAGUGGCGUUGUUUAGUGAUAUGAUAAGGGAGAAUGUGAAGCCUAAUUGUUACACAUUACCAGUGGUGUUGAAGUCGUGUUGCAAAUUAUUGGCUCUGAGAGAAGGCGAGGAAGUGCAUUGCGUUGCAGUAAAAAAUGGUUUCAAGUCUAAUACAUACGUUGGUACUAAUUUGAUUGAAUUGUAUUCAGGCGGGGGACGUGUAGGGUGCGCAUAUGGAGUGUUCAAGGAGAUGGUUCUCAGGAAUGUGGUUUCUUGGACUGCAAUGAUAAAUGGAUAUGUCGCUAAUGGUGAUUUGGUUUCAGCAAGGAGGCUUUUUGAUUUGGCACCAGAGCGGGAUGUUGUGUUGUGGAAUAGGAUGGUUACAGCUUAUACAGAGUCUGGUGAUAUGGUGGAGGCUAAGAGGCUUUUUGAAAUGAUGCCGGGUAAAGAUUUGAUGUCUUGUAAUACUUUGCUGAACGGAUACGCGAAUAAUGGGGAUGUGGAGGGCUGUGAGAGAUUGUUUGAGGCAAUGCAGGAGAGGAAUAUUUUCUCUUGGAAUGGUUUGAUUGGAGGAUAUGCUCACAAUGGCCGUUUUUUCGAGGUUGUUGGUGCCUUUAAGAGGAUGCUGAGAGAGACUGAUGUUCAGCCUAAUGACGCGACACUGGUUACUGUGUUAACUGCUUGUGCAAGAUUAGGAGCUCUUGAUUUUGGUAAAUGGGUGCAUAUAUAUGCUGAGAGUAAUGGCUACAGAGGGAAUAUUUAUGUGUGCAAUGGUUUAAUUGACAUGUAUGCGAAAUGUGGGUUGGUAGAAACUGCAAUUGAUGUGUUCAAGAGAAUGCAUAAGAGGGAUCUGAUAUCCUGGAAUACAAUAAUUAACGCAUUAGCUGUGCAUGGUCAUGGAGCUGAUGCGCUGAGCCUUUUCAGUGAGAUGGAAAAUGCUGGAGAAAAACCAGAUGGCAUCACUUUCAUAGGCAUAUUGUGUGCUUGUUCUCACAUGGGCUUAGUUAAGGAUGGAUUAGAUCAUUUUCAUUCAAUGACUAAUGAAUAUUCCAUCGAACCUCAAAUCGAGCAUUAUGGUUGUGUGGUUGAUCUUCUGGCUCGAGGUGGACUUUUGGAGCAGGCUGUGGAAUUUGUUCAUCAGAUGCCAAUAAAAGCAGAUAGUGUCAUAUGGACUGCUCUACUUGCUGCAUCACGGGUCCAUAAGAAAAUCAAAUUUGCAGAGCUGUCUCUACAAAAACUUAUUGAACUCGACCCUAAAAACCCUGCAAACUAUGUUAUGCUAUCUAAUAUAUAUGGGGAAGCCCGGAAGUGGAAAGACUUGGCACGACUAAAGGUCGCAAUGAGGGAUACGGGAUCUAAGAAGGUGCCUGGAUGGAGUUCGAUCGACACUGAUGAUGGGUUUGUUGAGUUCUAUUCUUUUGAUGAGAGGCAUUCGAGAACAGAUGAGAUUUAUUGUGCCCUGAGAGGAUUGACAAAGCUAUUAAGAUUAUCUGGAUAUGAAACAGAUCUUACGGAGCUCGGGCAAGAAACUAGACACCGCGCUACAGAUAAUCAUUUUCAUGAUCUAUAGAUCUUGUGUAUACUCUUCAGUUUGAGAUUAAAGAUUGUAUGACAUAGUUUCAGUAAGAUACACUUACUGGUUGAAGCUGAUCAUUCUUGGAGAACCUACUAUAUAUGGGGUGAAAGAUGCAGUGAUCAUCGUGAUGUCGAUUCACAAUAGACCGCACACAAGUUCUGAUAAACUCCCUUGAGUUAUGAUUAGCUUAGUCUCUGUUUCUCAUUGCAAUUUUAUCAUGAAUUUUGGUGCCAAGUUUAUGUGCAAAAACUCGGUGGGAGCACCGAAGAACUUACGCAGGCCCAAGGGUCACAGAAUGUACUCAACGUCUAGCCCAUUAAAACCUAAAAAACUCUGAAGCCCAUUUGCCUAUCAAGUUGAGCCCUUUAAAAGAGGCCAG